UAUCUUCGUUUCGGGUGCAGAAGGUGCAACGAUAUGCGGCUGGCGAGAGCAGCUCGGCCGUUUCUAAUGAAACGGUAUUUGUGACGAGAUUUCUCUCCUUAAUUCGUCUCCUUUAUUAAAAAUGUCGUCGCAACGUAAAUACGAAUGCACGUCGAGUUACGUAAAGCACUGUGGAAAACGUCACCGCCGAUUGACGGAGCUUGCGAUCUCGAUACGUCAAGGGCCAAUUGCCGGUGUACUUUGACCCCCCUGGCUCGCCCGUCGAGUUCUAGAGCUGUUAUUUCCACCGCUGCUCCCGUCGAGAGGCCCCCCAGCCGUGCAAUAACCAUGACGGACGCCGUCAGCCCCGUAAAAUACUUCUUGAGCGGUGGAUUCGGUGGGGUGUGCACCGUGAUAGCGGGCCACCCCCUGGACACCAUAAAGGUGCGGCUCCAGACGAUGCCAGUGCCAGGACCGAACGAAUUGCCCCUGUACUCUGGCACAUGGGACUGUGCGAAGAAAACGAUCACCAAGGAGGGAUUGCGUGGCUUGUACAAGGGCAUGGGCGCGCCGUUGUCGGGCGUUGCACCGAUUUUCGCGAUAAGUUUCUUCGGCUACAGCGUCGGGAAGAAGCUGCAGCAGCGCGUGCCGAACGAGAAACUCACGCCGUUGCAGUUGUUUUACGCCGGCGCGUUCAGCGGCAUAUUCACGACUGUCAUAAUGGCGCCCGGCGAGCGUAUCAAGUGUCUGCUGCAAAUACAGCACGCGGACGCGAAGCCCAAGUACAGCGGACCUGUGGACUGCGCGAAGCAACUGUACCGAGAAGGGGGCAUCAGAAGUAUUUACAAGGGCACCUGCGCCACGUUGCUGAGAGAUAUUCCGGCCAGCGGAAUGUACUUUCUGACGUACGAAUAUCUGAAGGAGCAGUUUACUCCAGAGGGAGGGAAACUUAGCUUGCUGGCUACGAUAAGCGCUGGUGGUUUUGCGGGCAUCGCAAACUGGCUGGUGGGGAUGCCACCUGAUAUCCUAAAAAGCCGUCUACAGACUGCACCAGAAGGCACGUACAAAAGAGGGGUACGCGAGGUAUUCGUUAAAUUGAUGAAAAACGAGGGACCAACGGCGCUGUACAAGGGUGUCGUGCCCGUUAUGCUACGAGCUUUCCCUGCAAACGCAGCCUGCUUUAUGGGCUUCGAAGUUUGCAUGAAAUUCUUGAACUGGAUCGCGCCGAGUUUAUAAUCUCAGUCGCGCCGUGUAAUUAUAGAAUAUUUGAAAAAUGUCUUGCCUCUCGGUAUCCAUCGCUCCCCUUAACACUACGAUUUAUAUUCGGCGGAUGCAAAGCGCUUAAUUUUACCGCGACAGAAAUGGAUCACGUAAAUUUACUUUUACUUGGCAGCUAUUUCGAGUACAUGCAAGUGUCAAAUGAUACACACGCCAAGCGUUGAAACUAUUCGAGAUACGACGAGAGAUAUUUUAUACAGAAAGUAUAUUGCGCUUGAAAGCCAGAUUUCCUUUUCAAUUCUGCCACGUGUGUACAUACAUAGGAAACAGUCGAAUGAAAGUAUGACAUCAGGGUAUAAUUAGGCAAAGCUUGUUGUUUUGUAAAGAGUUUCAGAUAUAUACAUAUAUGUAUAUCGAAUGUUGCGAACAAUAUAAACAUAUCAAAUAUCGCGAGUCGUGAUAUUAAUAAUUCCUAAGAUGUGUAUUGAAAGACUGCUCAACAGCCGUGCAAAUUUUACUAUCCUAAAUGUAUUGUGUAUUAUACGGUUACAUUAUGUAGGACUUGAAUAUAAAACUUUAUUAACGUAACAGUAUAUGUACAUUAGUUACAUUCGUAUAUUGUACACUGUGUAUUAUACAUUAGGAAAGGUACAAUCGGGACAUUAUAUUGGACUAAUUAGUUUUAUAAUAUACUUUAUGUACAGACUUUUUCUGAGGAAGAUACAUAUAUACGACGGAACGAAUAUACAUAAAUGUAAUGAAAUAAUUUUCUGAGAAUGUGUAUUGACGUACAAAAUAAAAUUUUCUAUUCUGUUACUUAGCCUUUCGUAGCGAUUCUUCUGUCAUCCCUAUGUAAGAGCUUGUAAUUUGUACGUAAUUCUAUUUCGCUCCAAUUUAUUAUAGCACUAUCGAAAUUAUAUAUUUAGUAUAAAUUUUUGUACAAAUUAUUCUCCGGGGGGGAAAAAGAGAUAUGACUAGUGACUACAGGACAAAGAUGAAAUUUACAAUCGAACAAUUUUUCAGAUCCGUCGAAUAAAAAAAUAAUGUAACUAGAUCUGCGUAUUGUGAUUCUGUCCUCCUACUUUGCUGGAUUUAUUCAAUAAAAAAUUCCCCUGAGUCUUCA